UUCGUGAAGACCCUGACCGGCAAGACCAUCACCCUAGAGGUGGAACCCAGUGACACCAUCGAGAAUGUCAAGGCCAAGAUCCAGGAUAAGGAGGGCAUCCCCCCCGACCAGCAGCGACUCAUCUUUGCCGGCAAGCAGCUGGAAGAUGGCCGCACUCUUUCUGAUUACAACAUCCAGAAAGAGUCCACCCUGCACCUGGUCCUCCGCCUCAGGG